AAGAAAAGAUGAAACAAAAAGAGAAAAAUGCAAAGAAUAGAAAAAACGAAGACAAACAAAAAGGAAAAAAACGGAAAAAAGACAAAAAAAACAAAGGAAAAAAGAAAAACAAAGAAAGAACAGAAGAAAAAAAAAAGAGAAUGAAGAAAAAUAAAAAGACAGAAAGAGAGAAGAAAAACGAACAAAAGAAAGAAAAGACAAAAAAAAAUGAAAAAAGAGCAAAGCAAGAAAA